AUGAAGCCCGCGUCUCACUUCCUUCUCAUGCUCAUCCCCCUCCUCCAGCUGAUGAUCCAAGGGGAUGCUCAGUGUUCCUUAGACUCGGCUGUGGAACAAAAGAUACAGUCAGCCAUCAAGGAACUAGAAAAUAAACCCCGGCCUCCGCCCCCAACACGGAAGCUUGUGUGUGUCAGUGUCAAGAGUCGAGGCAAACUGGCUGUCUGCCCUCCAGGGACCGUUGUCACCGGCUGUGCCUGUGGGUACGGCUGUGGCUCCUGGGAUGUGCAAAGGGAAACCACGUGCCAUUGCCAGUGCAGCGGGAUGGAUUGGACCGCAGCCCGCUGUUGUCACAUGGCCUGA